GCUAGAAAUCCCAGGACACCCUUUGCAAUCCCAGCCUGAUUUUUAAUAGCUGUCAGAGAAGACAUAUAGGAUGGAGAACUUUUUUAUUUUGAGAAUUUCCUCUUUUAUAUAGGAGUAUUUGCAGCUCAUCAUUUUUGUCAAAAAGGCUAUGCAAGCUUGGUUAUUUCAAUGGACUGGCAAUUGCUACAAUGGACGUCAAAUGAAGAUUCUCUGCCUACGCUGGAUAUUGUCAUUAUAUUGAGACUUUGUUUGGCCUUUUUUGUGACCCGUUACUCUCAGCCCUUAUUUACUGGCCCUUCAUCAAAUCAUUUUAAGUAGCAAACCAUAAACGAUACCCUGCUUGCACCUCCAGGUAAGGAACAGCAACCAAUCAGUUAUCCACAACAACAAGCAUCCCCAUCAUGUGUUGCUUUCUAGACACUUUUUCAUCCUUCUAAAAGUUUUUUUGUGAAUCUGAGACUCUGAAUUCCUGUGCGUCGGUUUAUUUGUGGAUUUUAAGCUCUCUUUGGGGCCCAGAGCAGGUGUGAGUACUACAGGAGCACAUUUGACCUCCAUUCAGCUUUUAGAGGCGGAAGCAUGAUAAAGAGCAAUAAGAAAAUAAAAUCCCAGGGUGGCUCAACAAACGCUAUCAUAAGUAACAAUGUCAACAAACAGACCAAUAACCUGGCUCUCGUCUCUCAACCGAAUACCCCAAAUAGCUUUUCAUUGUUCUUGGAAAGUUGUGUGCCCCCUGUUGCAUUGAGGCAUUUUGGGGGUCUGCCGCUUUUAGGCCCCGUUCCCCUCCAGUUGGCACAGAUAAAGACUCAGUUGGCACUGCACCAGCUGAAUGCAAUUUCUGGCACAAGCGUCACUCCGCCGGCAAUUGCGUCACCUGCUUUGACCUUGCUCAACUUGCUCAAGGUCACCAUGUCGCAUCCAUUGUAUAAUCCCCGUGGAGGGCAGUUCCCCAGUGGUCAGAGACCCAUCGUGCCUGGCCAGUAUGGUCUUGGAGCACAGCCUCGAAUGGAGCUGGGGGCAGCCCGUCUUGGCCCGGGUUCCAUAUCUGGUUCUCGUCGGGGAUUGUUGGGAAACCAGCCCUUCUCCUUGGGCCAACGCCAGUCAAAGAUUUCCACAGAUCUUGAAGCUGCCAUAGACCGGAAUCUUCGGGGGGCCCGCGAGGAAGUUCGCCUUCUCACUCAAAUGCUCCAGCAACCCAAAAAGCAGAUCCCAGAAUGAGAAGAUGCAAGGGAUGAAGUGCUUUCCUCCAGCAGCGGCUUUUCAGGGACUUCACGAUCUGAUGAGGUGGACUGGUCCAUAUACCAAGCUCCAGGCAAGCUCUUCUCAUCCGCAAGUUUGGACCGUCCUUCCAGUUCUUCGCAGCUGUCGUCUGCUAGUUUUGUUGGAGGGUCAAGUGGUUUGACAAGCCAGCCUCCUCCAGAACCUCGACCUUCACGCUACACCUCUGAAAGUGCCAGCAGCAUCCUAGCAAGUUUUGGACUCUCCAAUGAGGACCUAGAACUUCUAAGCCACUAUCCAGAUGAUCAGCUUACCCCCGACAACCUGCCGUUUAUUUUACGAGACAUCCGAAUGCGUAAAGCGAAGAGGGACGUUGAUGCGAGGUCUGAAUACAGCAAAGUUAUUGACUAUGGACAUUCUAGUAAAUUUGACUAUCCUGAGGAGAACCCGGAUGGCUAUGCAAGUGAACGCCUGCCUAAAGAGUCUCCAAAGUUUGUGAGGGAGGUCUCUGGACCACCCUUCACUGGCAUGGAAAUCACAAAGCAUCCUCAGUCGUGUCAGCCAGCACCAGGCCCUGUACAAGUUCCAAAGCUUCAGAAACCUCCAACAGUAGAUCCAAGACCUACUAAGACGAUUCCAGCAAGACCAUCUGCUUCCCAGACUAUUCUGCAGCCUCCCAGUCGGCCUCCUCUGCAGAUACCACCUCAACUUGGUGUUCUACCCAUGAUGACCAUUGACGAUAUUUCCCGAGGUCCGAAUGCCAACUGGAUCCCGUUCCUUUCGCCUCCAAUCAGUGUGUCUGCCCCGAAGAGGCUUCCAACUCCAACCAUGAUGAACGAUUAUUCAGCAGCUACACCAAGAAUCUUUCCUCAUACAUGCUCUCUAUGUAACAUUGAAUGUAUCCAGAUUAAGGACUGGCUUGAACAUCAGAAUACAAAUCUUCACAUUGAGAGCUGUAGACGCCUUAGAAAACAAUAUCCUGACUGGAAUGUUGAGGCUGUCUCUGUUUCAAGACCUGAGCCCAAAACAGAACACAGCAGCUCGCGACAUGCUCGAUCGCACUCGUACUCCAGAUCCCCGUCGAAGCGGCACCAUGACUCCUCAAGUCGUCGUGAGCGAUCCCGUUCACGCUCCCGGUCCCGUUCUCGCUCCCGAAGCCCUAGAAGGUACCGCCGUUCUAGAAGUCGCAGCCGGUCCCCCCAUAGGAAGUCUCGAGGCAGUCCUUACAGACGGAGGUCCCGUAGUCCACCAUCUCAACGGUCGAGAUCUCCAGUUUACGGCAGACGCUCUCCUGUACGCUUCGAGCCCCGCCGGAGCAGCCCCUCCUGGCAGCAGAGAUCUAGUAGUAGUGAACGGUUGGCUAUGAAGCUCAUGUCUUCAGGUGAGUUUUCUUCAAUCACAGACAGUAGUACUUUGAAGGCUGUGGUGAAGUCCUUGGCACCAGCCCUGCUGGCUGAGCUUGCAAAGAAGAAAAGUAGUUCCACUUCUUCCUCAUCAAAGGCAAGCAGUAGCAGCAGUAGUUGGAAACGACCGCCUUCUCCUAAGAGAGCGGAGUACUCCAAGUCAGGCAAAACCUCCACCUCAAAGGCCUGCAGCAGUCCAAGACCCUUGACCCUUGUGAAGGAUGCCCCUGGCACAUCCUGUUUGUUGAGGCUCAUUGGAAUUCCUCAAGGGACCACAAGCAAAGAACUGACUGAUGCAAUUGAGCCUUUUGGCAAGAUCUAUACUGCCAUUCUCCUCAAGGCAAUUAAAGAGGCUUCAGUGUGUAUGGAGAGAGUGGAGGAUGCCAAAGCUUUGCUCAACUGUAAGAACCUGACAAUUCGUGGCAACGUUAUUAAAAUCUGCAUGGAGAAGGAUGCAAGAGAGGAUGAUGGGAGGAAAUCUGUUAAGAUCGAAAAACCUGUUAAGAAAAAAGAGGUGACCACAUCAACAAAACCAGCCCAAUUAGCAAAAGUAAAGAGUGCACCUCAGCCAGCAAAAGCAAAAGAGGUGACAGGUUCUAAGAUGACUCAGUUAACUAAGGCAAAACUGAUGAACCUAAAAAAGACUGUUCAAACAGCUAAAGCUAAACCCCCUGCAAAGGGUUCAGGUAAACCACAGUUGCAAAAAAAAUUGAUAAAGAAGGAAAUACCCUAGAAAAAUAUAGUUGAGAUUACAAAUCUUCCAGAGGAAGGGGUUACUGAGGAUGACCUCACCAACCUUGCUAAACCAUAUGGCUUCAUUGCAACUCCUGUCAUAGCAAUCACUCACCAAAAGGCCUAUCUGCAGAUGCCCAACACAGAGGCAGUUGAAGCAAUGGUGAAGGCCUGCUCUGAGACACCAGCUAAAUUACAAGACAGAGAGAUAACUGUUAAGAUGAUGAUGCAACCUAUUGACCUGAAUUACACUGAGUCAGUAUUCAGAGUCCUAAUGGGCAUGGAGAAAUCACCUGUAAAAAUUGUCACAUUGCCAGAACGCCUUCUCAUUGUUGGAAAUGUGCCAAAAACACUUGGGGCAAUCAAGGAAGUAGAGGCCAUAAUUCAACGCUAUGGUGCCUUCAAGAAAGUUUUGCCUCUUAAUGGCAGGAUUAUUUUUGAAAUGGAGGAUGCUACUUCUGCUAGGACUAUCUUCACUCGCUUCCUCAAGUUUCGUUGUGUGGUCCAUAACAGUACCCUUAGCUUCAAACUAGCCAAACCAGUCAAGUUUAAAAAGAAGACGGAUGCAAAAGGAGCAAAUCCUCCUGGUACAAAUGCAGUGACAGUAAAAAAACCCAAUACUUUCAAAGUCAAAAGGUCCACCUGUCACAAAGACACAGCCCCAAAAACGAAUGCUACUGUUGAGGCUAAAGAUAGUGAAGUAAGUUUGAAAGAAAGUAUUGAUGAAAUGAUGAAUGCUGAUACAGCUGCAACUACAGUUACUGCAGUUCCCAAAGACAUUUCAGUUGACGGAUCUGCUAAUGCAGAAACAACUGCUUCUGAGAAUAAAGCAGUGAAGGAUACCCAAGCUGUUAAUGAAAAUGCUGUGGAGACCCUUGAAAUUGAAUCUGUGAUAAAAGAGCAUGAAGCUACAUCUUCAGUUUCCACGGCUGAAUCUAAGAUUGAGAACAAGGAGCUUGAGGUUGAAUCCUCUGUUCCCUCUUUAGAAUCUGCCAUUUCAGCUGAGUCUGGGAAAGCAGAGCUUAAAGAUGAAUCAUCAGUCUCUGCGGAAUCUGCUGCUUUAACUGAAUCUCCAAACACAGAGCAUGAAGAUGGAUCCUCAGUUCCUGCUUCAGAAUCUGGAAAAACUGAACUUGAAGUUCCUUCGGCUAUUUCCAUUUUAGAACCUGCCGUUUCAAUGGAGUCAACAGAAGCAGAGGAAGAAUUGGCUUCCUCAGAAACUUCCAUUGUAAUAGAAUCAACUGAUCAAACAGGGCCAUCACUUAAGAAAAAUGUUGAAAAGGCUGAAGAUGUUCCCAAAGAAUUAGUUCCUGCAUCUGUGGAAGAAAGCAAAAUUGACAAUUCAAAGUUGGAAGGUAACGAUAAUGUUGAGUCCAAUUCCGAAAUUGUUGCUUCAGCUGUUAGCAGUGAGGAAACUGCAGUAGAGGCCAUGGAGACCCUAAGUCCAGAAGAAUCUACCAAAGGCACUGAUGUCAAAGAUGAUGUUUUGGAAACCCACAAGCUCAAUAUUAAAAACGAGGGCCAAAAUAAUGACUUGGAACCAAAUGUGGAACCAACCAUACAUCCACAGUCUAGUAAUGAAAAUGUACCUGCUGAAGAGCAUGUCCCUGCAGCUGUUGAAUCUGACUCUCUUCCGACCUUUGAUCCUGCCUCUGACCUACCCACCACUUCCAAUCAAGCAGUCAGUGAUUCAUCUGUCACAGUUACAUGUGCCUCAAAUAGUCCUCAAAGGAUCGAGCCCUUCCAGAUUGACGACAAUUCUCUGGACUUUCCUCCGGUUACGCAGGAGAUUUUGAAGGCCCUUGAACUAGCUGUUCAUCAGUGUCGCUUACAGUCUUCGUUAAAACGUGCUGAAGAAGAAGCCAGACAGAGGGCCGAAAUGGAAAAGAAAGCUGCAGAGAAGAAAAUCACAAAAGGCCCGUCAAGCUCAAAGAAGCCUGCUCAGUCAACCAAGAAGACCACUCAAGCUGAGAGCAAAAAGAUUCAGACUGAGAAAGAGAAAAAGUCUCAUAACUCUGGGCCAAAGAGUAAGCUUGCGGACACUUCAUCCCCAGAAAAAGAGUCAACAUGUAGACACAGGAGCAGAGGUGAUUCUGAAGAUGAUGGCCUUAGCACAAGGCGUGGCGGGUCUUCGGGGUCCUCUUCCUCCCGGAGGAGCAGGCGGGAGUCCACUCCUCCAUCAAAGCGUUUAAGGGGGCAUGAUGCUGAUUACAGGAGUCAUAGCAAAAACUCACAGCCUUCAAGGAGUCAAUCAAAAACAAGGACACCUGAAAAGGAAAAAGAUGACGAACCGUUUCCAUUUAACAUUGAUGAGUUUGUGACCGUUGAUGAAGUAGGGGAUGACACAGAGGACACUGUGGUCUCAAAUACUGAGUCUUCAGUCAAGGAUGAGAAAAUUGAGGAUAAACCCGAUUCCCACUUCAUAGUGUCUCUUAUUACCGAGUCAGAUCCAGCUGGUGAGGCAAAACAAACUGGCAAGACUGUUGCUUCUGAGAUAGGAAAACCUGAAGUUAUUGAAUGUGCAGGUAAAAUAGAUGCCAAUAUUGAAAAAACCACAACAGCUGUAGAAGUUGUUACAUCUCCAAAGCCAGAAGAGCAAGAUUCUCAGAAAGAGAGUGCUGAUAAGCCACUGGAAACAGACAGGAUGGAAACUGCUGUUGUGAACGAGACAACAGAGCCUUUUACUAAAGCAGAAAAUGCUUCAGCAGACAUGGACAACAAUGUUGAGACUCUUCUAACUAUGAAAGAAGGCACAGGCAUUGAGACUUUGGAUGAAUUGGAACAGCCAGUUUCUUCCUCUCCUUCACAAAAGGAACUCUGCCCACCAAUGUCUGUAGAAACCUUAGAAAAAUCGGAAGAUGUCCAUCCUAAGGAGCCUGAAACCUCUGCCCCAGUGAUGGACGAUAAUGAGGCAACUGUGAUCACUGAAAUUCCACCCCAUGAUGCAAUGGUCACUCUUGAUGAGGUCAGUGAAGGUGAGGAAGAUUUUCUCGAUGAUACAAAUGAGGAACAGCAUUCGAAGGUUGAUGAUGUGCCUGAGGCACUUGUAACGGUUGAUGAGGUUGGAGAAGAUGAAACGGGGGGUGAAGAAUAUAAUUUGGACAAAGAACUUCAAGGCUUAGUUACACUGGAUGAGAUUGUUGAUGAAGAGGAGGAAUUUGAUUCAUUCAAUCCUGAGACUCUUGUAACCCUGGAUGAGGCCAAGGGUGAUGAUGAGGAGAAUGAGGAAGUGGAGCAUAGUGAAGACAGGCCUGCCACUGCAAGCACUACAACACCAACAAUACCAGAAGAGCCUGUGAAAUCACCAAGCCAAGAAGAGGAUGUUUGUGACCUUGAAGAGCUCCGCAAAAUGAACUUUGUAACUGUAGAUGAAGUAGGAGAGGAGGAAGAGGUUCAACCACCCAGCGAAGAUGUCAAAGAGGAAAAGACAGUUAAAAAGAGAGCUACAAGAGCCAAAAGAGAACACGCUAAGCUCCAGGUGAUGAGAAGAUCCACAAGAGGGAAAAGAGGAGCAACAAAGACUGCUGAGGAAGCAGAGGAGCCCGAGGCAAAUGCAGAGUGUGAACCAGAGGUAGCUGCUUCCGAAAGCCAGAGUCCUCCUGCAGCUGUCGAAUCCAUGGAUCUCGAUGUAAAGCCAGAACUGCAAAAGGCUGAAACAGUAAAAGUUCCAGAACCAUCAACUGCUGAGGUCUCUCCAAGGUCAGAAGAAGACAGGAUGAAAGCUAAAGAUGAUGACAUCUCUGCAAAGUCAGAAAGUGAUGCUGUUGACACACCGAUCUCUGACAAAAAAUCCUCAGUCAAAGAAGAGUCCAAGCAACGACGGCAGACAGAACCGACACAGGAACCAGAAGUUAAAAAGGCCCGCUCUCAUUCCACUGUGAUUGAAGACUUCACCUUGCCCCCGUUUAACCCAGACAAUCCCAUUGGGGUUGACUUUGUGGUGCCCAAGACAGGUUUCUUCUGCAGACUCUGCUCUCUGUUCUACGGCAAUGAGGAAACGGCUAAGAAAAGUCACUGUAGUAGUCUAAAGCAUUACCAGAACAUGGAGAAAUACUACAAGAAGCUGAAGUCUCAGAAGCAGGAAGGCUGCUCAACACAGACAACGCCCAGUAAUAGUUCUUCUGAAUAACUAUUAUUUUUUCCUGUCUCUCUUUUUUUUAUUAAUAUUAACAG